UCUACCAAGAUCCUCACUCUUAAUGCUUUCCCCAUGCUAACUCUCCCUCAGAUCCAUCGGAUGAUUUUGAAAGUCAAUGCAUUUUUGCUAUCAUCACAGCUCUGUGUUACUGUCGGGUUUGCAGUUGACAACAGUUUGCUCUAUGUGUAAAUUAUCAUGUACUUCCUCCGUUUCUAAAUAUAAGCCUUUUUAGAGAUUUCAAUAAGAACUGCUGUAUAAGCUGGAUCUUAUUUGUGCAAGUUCCAUUCAUCUAUACAUAUUUUUGGGAAGGCUCGAUUUGCCUAUUGUUAGAGGUCAAUAAGGAGAAGGUGAGUCGCCCAACUGAUGAGGAGUCAAAUAUAACAUUUCUUUCUUUCUGCAACAGCAUGGACGAUGCAGGUUCAGAGUCAACGGCUGUGCCCCUCGAUUUAUUACUACAAAUCACAGAUGGUUUUUCCGAGGAGCGGAAACUUGGUAGUGGUUCGUUUGGAGAGGUUUACUUGAAGGAUUUCCACUCGGUUUGUAUCGUCUCCGUCAUCUCCAAGUCCGGCAACCCCCAGCAACAAUGGACCCCGGGAGUAAACUUGUCGACCACCAGCCCCGUCAACUUUAGUGAUCUAAACGCUCUUAUAUUUCUUUACAGAGGUGUGCAUCCAGACGGGCAAAAGAUUGCUGUGAAGAAGAUCUAUGAUAUGCCCGGGGUUGACGAGGAGCAAUUUCAUAAUGAGUUUAAGAACCUUGCAAGGCUGCAGCACCGAAAUAUUGUGCGGUUAGUUGGCUAUUGCCACCAUAUUCAGGAAGUACCAGCAAUGUACGAAGGAAAAUUGGUUCUUGCGGAAAAGAUACAUAGGGCGCUCUGCUUGGAGUAUAUGUCUAAUGGAAGCCUUGAAAAAUAUAUUUCUGAUGAAUGUGAUAAAUAUGAUUGGCACACAGGCUACGGAAUAAUUAAGGGGAUUUGCCAGGGUUUGAAAUACCUCCACACUAAAUUAGAGCCACCUAUUUAUCAUUUGGAUUUAAAGCCAGCCAACAUAUUGCUGGAUGAGAACAUGGUUCCCAGAAUUGCAGAUUUUGGGAUAUCUAGGCUGUUUGGAGAUGAACGAACGCGAGCUACAAAAAGUACUUUAGGAACACAAGGGUACUUACCGCCGGAAUACAUACGCAACUAUUUAAUCUCAAGUAAAUUUGACAUAUUCAGCCUGGGUGUCGUAAUCAUAAAGAUAAUGGCAGGACGGGCGGGCUACUACAAAAGCGCUGAAAUGUCUUCCCACGAAUUCACUAAUUUGGUACAGGAAAAUUGGACAAAUAGACCACAUGAAACAUCGAGUCUGAUGAAGGCAUAUUCCAAGCAAGUAAAGAUAUGUAUUGAAAUAGGUUUAAGUUGUGUGCAGGAGGAUCGACACAAAAGGCCAACUGUAAAGAAUAUUGUUGAUAGACUGAAUGAGACAGAAACUGAGUGUACCUAUGCGUAUAAGAAAUUUGACGUGCAGGAGAACCCAGGGGGGCUCACCCCUAAUUAUUUCAUGAACAAUGGCCGCCCUGUCAGUGAAGUGCCUCUGAACAAUGAUGCAGGCCCUUCCAAACAAGCUAGAAUGGCAUGGCAAUAUCCUACAGACAUGACUGCACAACAAGAACUUGGUGAACGACAAGCAGCUUUGCUUCCUAAUGGAAUUUAUGAGCCUCCUAGGCAGAUAUCGGCAGGUUUUCCUGAAUCUGGAGGCACCACUAGAGUCAAGCUGCGCUUUGUUGAUGUUGAAGGACCAAAAGACCCCCUUUACACUGGUUGUCCAGUACAAUGGCUGAAUGGAGAAAAUGCUAAGGUAGUGAUAUUUGAAAACGAUAAGCAAAUCACACAGGGCGACCUUUCUAAAUUGCAAAUUGAGAUUUUAGCAGUCCAUGCUGAUUUCUUUACUGAGCGAGGACAAGCGGACUUCACCAAAGAGGAAUUCAACAAGCAGAUACAUAUGUAUAAUGGGAAAGAGUCAGUCUUAACAGUUGUAGUUAAUUUAACAAAUGGUGAGGCCUGUAUUGGCUCCUUUUUCUUCACGGAGAGCUACAGGAAAAAGUUAAGAUUGACAGCAAGAGUUGAAAGACAGGAUCUUGCGGUCAGAGUUCAAGAAGCAAUUACUGAUCCUUUUGUCGUCAAAGACCACCAAAGCGCAUUAAAUGGAAAGAAGUAUCCUCCAUCUACAGAAGAAGUGGUACAUCGUUUGGAGAACAUUUCUCUAAAGGAGAAGCUUUGCAAUGACCUAGCUGAUAAAAAUAUUACUACAGUGAAGCGCUUGAUGCGUCAUUAUCACAGAGAUAAAUCUGGUCUCCAAAAGCUUAAAGUGAAGAGCAGGAAAAUGUCCGCAUUAAAGAAACUCGAGGAGCGGGAAAGAUCAGGGGUUCUUAUUCCUGAUUAUUUGAUGAUGAAUGGCUGCCCUGUCCGUGCAGUGCCUCUGAACAAUGAUGCAGGUCCUUCCGUACAAGCUAAAAGGACAUCGCAAUAUCCUAAUGACAUAGCUGCACAGAAUGAAUUUGGUGAUCGACAUUCAUUGAUUGGGUUCUCACUGGCCGAAGUCCUGUCAAACAAUGACGCUGGUGAUUCGAAGCAAGAACAGACGGUGCAUCAAGGACAUGGUCAGCCCGAUGCUUCUAUGACACAUGCAAAUAUCUUAAAUGAUCAGGGAUCACUUUCAGCACAGCCAACUCCGUUGCACAAUUUUCUACCAGUUCCAACGGAUGAGAUGAUCACAGGUGCAAGUCUAACUGACGAACAGACUGAAUACUUCUCGACAACUGAUUCUCUUGGCACUCUAGAAAAUGCAAUUCUUGGGCCUGAAUUGGACAUAUCCUGUGACAGCCCCAAGAGCUUAUUGCAAGCCAAGAAUCUUUUGAAACAAGGUAACUGGAGACAGGUUCUGGGAAUUAAUACAGGAGACUUGAAGCAGGUGAUCAUAGCAUGUGGUAAGGCUGCUGCAGAGAAUGAUAUACAUACAGAAGUGCUGAUAUCUGAGCUACGUCAGCUGGUGUCUAUCUCUGGAGAUCCAAUGCAACGCCUAGGAGCAUACAUGUUGGAAGGGCUUGUGGCCAGGCUCUCUUUCUCUGGAAGUAAGCUGUAUAAAUCCUUGAAGUGCAAAGAACCUACAAGCUCUGAGUUAAUAUCUCACAUGCAUCACCUUUGUGAGAUCUGCCCAUUCUACAGGUUUAGUUACAUGUCAGCCAAUGGUGCCAUAGCAGAGGCUAUCAAAAGCGAGAACUUCGUUCACAUCAUCGAUUUCCAUAUCGCACAGGGGAGCCAGUGGAUAACUAUCAUUGAGGCUCUUGCAGCGAGGUCUGGGGGUCCACCAUGCCUAAGAAUCACUGGCAUAGAUGACUCAAACUCUGCUUAUGCCCGAGGUGGUGGACUGGAUAUGGUUGGGACAAGAUUGCAUAGUGUCUCUGCGUCGUGUGGCAUGCCCUUUGAGUUCAAUGCUGUUCAUGCUGCUAGCCAUGAGGUUUAUCUUGAGCAUCUUGAUAUAAGGCCCGGGGAGGUCAUUGUAGUGAAUUUCGCCUAUGAGCUGCAUCAUACUCCUGAUGAAAGCGUGAGCACGGAAAAUCACCGGAACAGGAUUAUAAGAAUGAUCAAGAGCCUAUCCCCCAGGGUUGUGACUCUUGUUGAGCAGGAGUCGAAUACAAACACAGCUCCAUUCUUCUCAAGAUACUUGGAGACCUUCGAAUACUAUACGGCAAUGUUUGAAUCAAUAGAUGUUGCUCGCCCAAGGGAUGAUAAGAGACGGAUUAGCACAGAGCAGCACUGUCUUGCAAGGGAUGUCAUCAAUUUAAUAGCGUGUGAGGGUGCUGAAAGGGUUGAGAGGCUUGAGGCGUUUGGGAAAUGGAAGGCAAGGUUUGCAAUGGCUGGAUUUAGGCCGUACCCACUGAGUUCGCUGGUGAACAACACCAUCAAAACGCUGCUGGAUAACUACCACAGUUGCUACAGGCUUGAGGAAAGGGACGGAGUCCUUUACCUUGGUUGGAAGAGUAGAGUAUUGGUCGUGUCUUCCGCAUGGUGCUGA